CGAGAAGAAGCCGUUAGACCCUUCUACAAUGUCUCUCUUUUCUUCUCUGUUAUAGUUAUCGCACACUACAAACUUCUACCCGGCGGAGGAAUUUGAUCGAUCAAUUAACUAAUCAGCCACCAAAAUUAAUGUCAGGCUAUCAAAACAAGCCGAGAAAAGUGAAGUUACAGUGUCCGUCGCUAUCCAAAAUAGUAUCGUUCACUGCAUUAGACGAGCAGAAGCUGGACUUGGGUUCAAUAGCAAGAGCUUUUGGGUUAGACCCAUCAACCUUGAAGCUUAACGGUCACUUUAUUAGCAGAGGAGUUGAUCUUGUUUCUUCUUCCGUUACUUGGAAAUCGCUUCUCAACUUCUUUUCUUCUAAACGCCUGCCUACUGGUCAGGAUGACAUGGAUGCUCUUAUUGUUGAUGGCAAGUUUUGUAAAGCUGGGUCUAAGCGAGCAUGCAACUCUCAAGAUGCUGGUAUUAGUAGAUAUAACUACAGAGCUGAACCAGAUGAAGUUAGUAUCAGGAGUAUUUCAGAACCUGAAGAGAUCAAUUUGUUCAUGAAUAAGAAGCUAAAGGAAAAGCAUUCAGGAUCUGGAGCUGACCACCAAGUUUCCAAAAGUGCAGGUCUUGGCUUCAAGAGGAAGCAACUGCUGGAAGUUGUCAAUUUACUCAAGAAGUUAAAGACAAAUGGACCCAAUCCAGAACUUGGAGAUAAAAGCAAUGACUGUCAUAGACUUACUUCAAGCAGCAAACUGAAGUGUAGCUAUUCCGGUGGCGUGAAACGGAUGAGAGAAGAUGAAGCAAUUUUGGCUGCUCCUUGCAAAAGAAUCCGAUGAAACUUAUUACAAUUUUGUUGCAACUAUUAUGUAAAAAGAGGAUUAUUACUUGUUAAAGAUCAUCAUAUCUAAAUUCUGUGAAGGAAAGAAACGAGAAAGGUAGGGAGAUAGAUAGGGCUUGUAUAGUUAAAAGGAGUCAUGCUGCAAUUGGUUGUAUAUUGUUGAGAUAUUUUGCAACUCAGAUAAGCAGAGAGAUUAAUUGAAGCACA